AUGACUGACGACAAUCCCCCUCGGAAAAAGCGCUGGGGGUGGCUGAAGCCAAGUCGUUCAGACCCUUCACUAGAAGAGAGGGGCAGGAGGGCAGCCAGCGAUCCAUCCGCUCUCCUGCCUUCGAGUAAUGCACCUCGUGGACAAUUCUCGGGGUUGAUUCCCAAGUUAUUCGGCGAGGCCAAGAGCCAUUCUGUUCGAAGCGCUCGACAGUCUCCGAACCUUGAACCUACAGCUGCAACUUCCAGUUCACAGGAUCCCCUACGCCCUCAGACAAGCCAGGAUCCUUCAUCGCUCAUCGCUUCCACUCCCGAACCGAAUUUUGACCAGUCUUUUAAUGCUGACAUUUCGAAGUCCGAAUCGCCGCCUGACAUAAAGCUUGUGACGGAAACGCUCGCGCAUACCCAAACAAGUGUUACAGGCAUCAGCCCUAUCCAAGGAAUCAUUCAAAAUUUUGCUUCAGUGUCCGACAACCUACAAUCUGUUCCCGAUACGAUCGACACAUUUUCCAAAAUACUCGGACCGUUGAAGGCAUUCAAUUCCGUUGCUGACAAGCUUGCCGAUGUACGGGCGUCUAGUUCAUUUUCGUCCAUCCGUAUGCAAAAGUGGCAUUGA